AUGACAAAGGGCAAGGGAACUGGAAAGACUUCGAGGGAAGUACUGAAACCAGUUGAUGACCGAAAAGUAGGAAAGCGAAAGGCUGUUUCUAAACCCGAAAAGAGUGCACCGAAGCCUAAGAAGGAGAAGGCUAAGAAAGAUCCCAACAAACCAAAAAGGCCUCCCAGCGCUUUCUUUGUCUUCCUUGAGGAUUUCAGAAAGACUUUCAAGGCAGAAAACCCUAAUGUGAAGGCUGUAUCAGCUGUUGGAAAGGCUGGAGGAGAGAAAUGGAAAUCCUUGACUAAGGCUGAAAAAGCACCAUAUGAAGCCAAGGCUGCAAAAAGGAAAGUUGAAUAUGAAAAACUGCUGAACGCUUAUAAUAACAAAGCGGCAAGUUCAGUCGAGGAUGACGAGGAGGAAUCAGACAAGUCCAAAUCUGAAGUUAAUAACGAAGAUGAAGCAAGUGGAGAGGACGACCACCAAGAUGACGAUGAUGAAGACGAGGAAGAUGAAGAUGAUGAAGAAGACGAUGAUUGA